AAGCCACCCACAAAACAAAAAAAAGAAGAGAGGCGUUUAAGUUUAAGGUUAGUUUUAACUAAGUUAUCGUUAUCAUCAAAAUCAAACAAUCACACAAGAAUAAUAAUAUUUUAAUGUAGUUUUUUGAAUAUUAUAUUAAUUAAGCAUAUGUGUGUGUAAUAAUAAUUAUGAAUAAUGAGGAUGCAGACCUAUGCUGUUGUGAAUAUUAUGAUAUAUUUAACGAAAGGAACCACAUCUUAGCCUGUUUUUGCAACUGUGUUGAUUUAGAUGAAGCAGUUGAUAAUAUAGUCAGAGGACGGAAAGUCUCAGAACAGAACAGAAACGGACUGAUAAACACGAUGUUUGACCGUCUACGAGUUCCCUGGACUGGAGGAGCCAGACCUGUAGCUUUUGACUCAAUUCUACCAGUUUUUAUCCUACCAAUAAUGUUCGCAAUAGCCUCAAACUCUCUCUGGUGGACUGUAUUUGCAUUUUCAACUGUUGCUAUGUUUCUUCUACUUAUAUUUAAUUUCUUUGUCCGGACAAUACCAAAAACCAAAUUCUUUUUGGUAUGGACAAUAACAUCAACUAUACUACUUUAUUUUAUAUUUGAAUUUGUUGUAAUACCAUUCCUUGAAAUUCUGGUAGAAGAAAAUAUUGCCUUGAGCAUAUUGAUAUUUGGAUUUGUCAUGUGUCUUUACCUUACAAAGUUAAAGGCAAACCAAUCGACUAUAGUCUGUCAGAAUGAGAGAGAGCAAAAUUUACUUUUGAAAAACGUGGAAGGAUUUUAUGCUUGCAACAUAUGUGAAACUAAGGUACCUGAUAAAGAUCACCACUGUGUCUGGUUUGAUUGCUGCAUUAGUAGACACAAUCAAUGUUUAUUUAUGCUAUCAUUGUUUUUUGCUGUUACUGCACUUCUCUACAGCUCUAAUUUGACCCUCACUUCAGUCUGCCAUCCCUUUGAGUUUAUCAAGACAAUAUUGUUGCCAGAUGAUUGUUCUGAUGUGUAUUAUCAAUUUGAGUUGGGACUGGCUUUUGUAUCUGCCAUCUACAGUAUAAUGGUAGCUCUACUCCUAUUGCUUGUACUCAUGCAACAAAUGCUGCUAGUUUCACUAGGGAUUCCGCAAAAAGAGUGGCACAAAUUGCCGUUUUGUUCCAAAUUGUGCCUUGGCUUAAACACACCCAGGCCUUAUAAUAGGGGUCUGAUAAAAAAUUGGCUAAGAAUUACAUGCUACAAACAGCAAAAAUACACAAGUAUUAACAGGAAUGUUUAACUUCAAUCAUUGGAAAAAACUUAUUAUUUCUACAUAUUUCUAAAAUUUGUUAUGCACCUAUGCUUUCUAAACAUGGUUUUAGCUUUCAUUCUGAUUAUGUGGAUAGUUUUUAUUGGACCAAACAACUUUGUGUCCUAGUCCUGGUCCCAAUCUUAAAUGUAUUCGCGGAAUGGAUCAAACAAUCUUUACAAUAUCAGUUUUUCAGAAUGAAACCUCAGAGGUCUCUACUGUGACUCUGUUUAUAUGUGCUUGUAAUCAAACAAAACAUUCCUGGUCUCAUUCACAAAUGGACUGAAUGCUUAGUAGUGUUGCAAUAAACUAAAAUAAGAAAUACCAUCAGGUAAGUAUGUAUCUAUUGGGAAGACCAACUAUUCUGUUGUUGGUAGUCGUAGAUUUCAUCUUCAGAAAUAUGAGCAAGGUUAAAAGUCUUGUAUAUAUCACAAGGAUACAGAAACCUCCAUUAAGAAACAUUUUGGAGCAGUUUAAUGUUGUUUUUAUUUAAUAUAAGUUUGCUUGUUAUUUAUUGGAGCUGUGACAUAACUGAUUUUUUGUUACAUUUUAAAUCAUCCUCAAAACGGUUAUAAGUUUGAAUGCCAAAUUAGAUUCCAUCAAAAUAUAUAUAAAAAAGUAACUACAUGGGGAUUUCAGAAACGGUAAGAGAUACAAUUUUGGAUAAAUGGGAGAAAAGUUGCGUUAUUCCAAGCCCAAUCAGAUGCUCCAUCGAAAUUGGAAAUAUCUACAGGGGUUUUCAAGAUAUCGAGCAAAAGCUAAAAAUUGUGUUUUUCGAAAAAUUGAAAUAUCGUCGCCAUUUUGCAAACAAAUUAGUUAAAAUUCGGUAGUUUUGUAUUAGUUGUAUUCCUUGCACACCUAGGAAGAGCUCUGGAACAGCUCCGGGGCGUUACGCGCUUAUUUCUUUCGAAAAGUGUUUGUUGCACCAUGCAUCUCUUCCUUUCAAAUCGGGGUCGACUAACACCGGAGCGAGUAGCUCGAGUAUUCCAAACUCUUGGAAGGAAUACAACUAUUAGCGACGAGGGGCAAUCGAAUAACGUUAAGAAUUUUUUCCAGGCCUGCUUCUAGUUUUUUUGCAACCAUAGCCAACUUUGUUAUUCCUUAUGGACGCCGUAUUGUUUUUUUUACGUUAUUAAAUGGAGCAUAAAAAGCCGUUUUUAACCAUGUAUAACAGGCCUUUAGAUGACGGAAAAUGUAAAUUUAUUAGAAAAACAGAUUUUCAUUUAGUUGGUUGUGAAACAAACGCCGUAAUUAUGUUUUGUUAUCAUAGCUUUGUAACUGUAGAUAUUUUCAAUUUCGGUACAGCAUCUGAUUGGGCUCGGAGUAACGCAACUUUUUUCCCAUUCAACCAAAAUUGUAUCUCUUACCGUUUCCGAAAUCCCCAUGUAGUUACUUUUACCUGGGACACCCUGCAUAUUUCAAACCUGAUGAUUCUUUUGCAGGCUGUUCUUUUGAGCCAAUUUAAGUAUUAUUAUUUUCUAAACCUUGUCUUUGAAUUAACAUGUUUCGCUUAAUUUAUUUUAAAUGAAUCUUAUACUACUCUUCUUUUAACUAGGGUAUUGUUUAUUUUAACUAAGCUUCAUAAAAUAAAUAUCUAAAGUCCAUUUAUAAAGUCUAUAGACUUUUCCGAGUGCGUGAUCUGAGAUUUUGGACGCUGAUUGGCCAAAAUUAGGGGGUCGAUAUGGGCGAACAAGUCCCUAGUGAGGCCCUAAAAUCUAGCCAAUCAGCGUCCAAAAUCUCAGAUCAUGCACUCGAAAAUUCUAUAGACUUUAUGAACGGACUAUAUUAAUAUAGGUACCUAAUCGAAUAAACAACUAAAGGGCCUGAAAGCACGCUAGGUGUUCGCUCUCACUGAUGUAUUUAUUAGCAAGACUGAUGUUGGUAAAAAAAGCUACAAAUUUGGUGGAUAGAAAUAGAAUUAUUUUAAUUUAUUGUUGAUGACGUAAAUGCAUAGUACAAUGUAUUUUUAUGUAAUAUAUUAUUUUUCGAUGAA